CCCUUUUGUGUUUAUUGUUGUUUUCAGGGUUUAACCUUUGACCCUAUUCCCCUGCUGAAGUGAGAAACUACAGCUAAAAUGGAGAACCUUCAUCCCCACUGCCUUAAAUGCAUCAACCGACGGUGCAUGGUCAGAUCAGAGCCUGGCGUCUCCUGCGAUCUGGUCGGCUGUCCACUAGUUUGCGGGGCAGUUUUUCACUCCUGCAAGCUGGACGAACAUCGGCUCCUGUGUCCGUAUGAAAGACUGCCUUGCCUUAACAGUGGUUUCGGUUGCCCCUUUACUGUCCCGAGAAUCAAAAUGGCGCAGCAUCUGGAGACAUGCCCUGCCAGUAUAGUUUGUUGCACUAUGGAGUGGAACCGGUGGCCUGUGAGCUAUGCCGAUCACAAGUCCUAUGAAAACCUGAGCAAAGACUUUGAUGAGGUGGAGCAGCUGGACAUGGCUUUGGCUCUUCAGGAUCAGAGGAUGCUGUUGGAGUCGCUGAAAGUUACGACUAGCGUGUCAAAGAAUGGAGACAAAGGAACGGGUGGAACUGAUAAAAUGGCCACAGAGUCACUGUUGGACAACGAAAUGGUAGAAAUGGAGGAAGAAACUUAUAGCAACCUAUACAGAACUUCAGUGGAGACCACUAGGAGUUUAGCAGCUGCCUUGGACAUCCUCGCUAAUUCCAACAACAUUGGUGCAAUUGUUGAAAAUAUAAACGGUGAAAAGACUGAUUCGGAUGGAGAACUCCCUAAUGGGGCGAAUGGGGGAUGUGUGUAUGUUGCUGAAGGUGGGGGGAAUGUAGAAAUGCAUGAGAGUGACUGUGAUUCAGAGUGUGAGCUGGGAGCAGUAGGUGGAGUCGACUGUAGCGUGGGAACGAAUGUAAACCAUGAUGCGGUUACCUUGUCUGAAGAAAGACAUUUUGUGGAGUUGAAUUUUGAAGAAAAAGAGGAUCUAACCAAUGAACCAAUUCAAAAUGGUGACCUUGUCUGGGAACAGAUCCCUCAGGAUUAUUUGCCCCUUGUAGCACCAGAGCCUCCUGCUGCUCGUCAGGUACCACUCGCACCUCCAAUGCCAUUCCUGGUGUCUCAUCAUGUGAGAAAUAGCUUCUUGCAGCAGCUACCACCCGAACUCAGGUAUAGGUGUUUGAAGCGUGAACUGCAGGGCGUAAAUGUGCUCAGAGGAAUUAGUAUGUUUACAUUUAACGGCCACCGAGCCCUGCUGUCCGACCCUUACUUGUUUAGAGCCAAAAUGGAGGACAAAGCGGUCGACACGUCUGAUCUGGAGGUGGAGGAGGACCCAAUGGGCCUCCACGGUAUUGACCUCAUUACUGCAGCCCUGCUGUUUUGCCUGGGAGAUUCUCCAGGAGGCAGAGGGAUCUCAGACAGCAGGUUUGUUGACGGCUACCACAUCGACUUUGGUACUCAGACAUUCUCCUUCCCCUCAGCCAUUCUCGCUACCAACACCAUGGUGGGAGACAUCGCCUCUGCCUCGGCCUGUGACCACGCCAGUCCGCAGCUCUCCAACCCCAGCCCUUUCCACACGCUCCGGCUAGACCUAGUGCUUGAAUGUGUCGCACGAUACCAAACUAAACAGCGCUCCAUGUUCACGUUCGUUUGCGGGCAGCUUUUCCGACGGGAUGAGUUUUCGUCCCACUUUAAAAAUGUUCACGGGGACAUCCACGCAGGCCUCAACGGCUGGAUGGAGCAGCGCUGCCCCUUGGCCUAUUACGGCUGCACCUACUCCCAGAGACGCUUCUGUCCGUCCGUUCAGGGCUUUCGAAUCAUCCAUGACAGACACCUGGGUUCUUUCGGGGUGAAGCCUGGUUUGCCUCUGAAAACUGGAGACAACCAUUCCAGAAAGACCCGCCGCAUGGACUUUCAGUGUGAUCAGUUUAGCAGCCUUCCUUUUGAGGUUUUGCAGCACAUAGCAAGCUUCCUCGACAGCUUCAGUCUCUGCCAGCUGUCCAGAGUAUCUCGCACCAUGAGGGAUGUGUGCGCUAGUCUGCUUCAGAUGCGUGGCAUGGUCGUCCUGCUGUGGGAGAAGAAACGACGGGAAGAUGGCUCUCCUUCAUGGCAAAUAACUCACAAGGUGUGGCGCUUCAGCACAGCCUUCGGCACAGUGAACGAGUGGAAGUUCGCAGACAUCGCCAGUAUGGCCGACCACCUGAAGAAGUGCAAGUUCAACACCAUCACCCGUCGGGAGGAAGCGAUCCCUCUGCCGUGCAUGUGUUUCACCAGAGAGCUCACGAAAGAGGGAAGAUGUUUACGAUCGGUUCUUAAACCAGUAGCAUGAGCAGCGAUGGUCAUUUUCUUUUUUUUUUUUACUUACUGACCAAGAGAACCUUAUUACUCCUGUAUUUCCUUCACUGUUUACAGACAUCAAUAUUCAUGUUACGACUCUACAACUACAAAUGGAACACCAUCAGUUCCUCCAUAUUCUUUGCUUCACUUUCUUUGACACAAAACAAAGUCGCCAACUCAACAUUUGGAAAUUCAGAUUUAUUUUUCCUGCAUGCGAAUCAGGUGGUUCAACCAAAGCUUUGAUCAACGCUGCGUUACUGUUUUUCAUAAAGAUGCACCAGUUGUGCUUUUACUGACCAAUACUGGUUUUCCUGUGAGGUCUGCCCUGCUAAUCCCUUUUUUUUUUUAAGCUGUAACAGAAAUAAAUUUUUUGCAGACUCUUUCAUAAAGAUGUUUUAAAUCAG